UGGGAUGGUUCGUUGCGAUAUGAUGAGGACAUGAGGCAAAUGGACGACUCACAGUACGUCAUUGAGGAGUGCUCCCGCCUCAAUCUAGAUGAUCGAGAACUGCGAGAGAUACAGCAGGCCUUGAUUGAUCAUAUCCCUGGCGAGUAUCCCGACAGCGAUGGCGACUUCGCUUGCGAGUUCAUCGUGGUGGACGGCCCGCCAUCGCCGCAGAAAAAGGCGGGAAAGCGGCUGGCUGACGUUGACGUCAACGGGGACGAGGGUGGCGGGAGAUGCAUCGGCCAGAAGAGACGGCAAGAUAGCGGGAACGGCGAGGGAGUAGGAGAUCCCUGCGGAUCGGGAUCGGGAUCGGGAUCGGUAUCGCGGCGUUGCACCGGCAGCAGCAGUUGGAGCAAUGGGAUUGUGAAUGAUGGUGGUGGCGGCGAUGACCACGACGGUGGUGAUGACGAUGUUGAUGUCGUUGCUGCUGCUGCUGCUGCUGCUGAUGAUGAUGAUGAUGAUGUACAUAACCGUGAAGAUGAUGAAGAUGCAGGUAUCCGGCAACGACUUGGGAAACGGUCGUCUCAAGGGCCAUCAGGGGCUUUGUCGGGACGUGCAGCUAUGAAUUGGGAAGGAGUUGUAGGUGGAGGAGGAACUGGACGUCGAAGAGGAGGAGGAGGAGGAGGAGGAGGAGGAGGAGGAGGAGGAGAAAGAGAGAGAGGAGGAGGAGGAGAAAGAGAAAGGGAGGGGGAUGACAAUGUGGCGACCGAACGGGUCGUCCGAGGCGAACGCGAUUGUUUGGAUGGUUGGCAAGCGACCGGUCGUCCGAGCAGUCGGGGACAAGGACGUGGAAGGGGCGAGUCGGUAGCGGCGAGCACUGUUGAUGGAGAUGGAGGAGGUGGGUGUAGUAGUGGUAGUUUCAUGGAACUUUCAGAUGAUGGUGAUGAAGAAGGGCUCUAUGAUGAGGCCUCGUUUGUGUGCCAAUUGUGCAAGUCGGGAUCUGUGCCCCUCAGGUUGGUUUAUCCGAUGGCGCGCUGCUCUUGUCUUUUUUGCAAGCCCUGUGUGACCAAGUAUGUGCAGUCGUGUAUUGAUGACAGGCGUCGGGAUUGGGAAUCGACAAUCCAGGAGUGGGAGACUGCGGUGAGUGGGGACCACCACCGUCAUCCCCAUCCCCAUCUCCAUAACCAAGACGACGACCACAACCACCAUCGGUCAAGGGACUUCAACGGCGGCGGCGGUGGCGAUGACAGCAGAGGGGGCGAAACUAGCGCCGCCGCGUCUCAACCGACGGCUGCUGCUGCUGCUGCUGCUGCUGCUGCUGCUGAAAGCCGCAAACGGAGAGCAGCUAUAACAAUGCCGGAGGAGGACUCGAUCCCUUGUCCUAAUGCGCCAUCAUCUUGCGCGGGGUUUCUGUCCCUCGAGGACUGCCAAGAGGUGGCGCCAGCCGCUGCGCGCCGAUGGUGCGACAGCGCCACUCAAGUGCUUUUAGCGCGCAGCGAUUUCGUCCGCUGCCCUAAUCCCACGUGUCACGUGGUUAUUGAGAGAAUCGAGGGCACGCCGCCCGACGGAGUCCUCCCCUGCGGUGUGCCGGAGAUAGACAGAACAGUGCCCUUCUCGUCGGAAUUGGGAGAAGAUGGGAGGCCGCUGACGAGGGAGGCGAUUCUCCAUCGCGCACGCAACAGGUACCGCUGCUCUCUCUGCAGCAUCGUCUUCUGCGGCAAGUGCCUCGCCAUCCCCUAUCACCUAGGGGAGUCGUGCGAGGACCACUGGGCGGCUAAGUGUCGGUACUGUGACGAGAAGCUGCUGCCACGUGGCAGCAGCAGCAGAUCGAGAGGAGGAGCAGUAGUCUCGACUGAUGAGGUGGACGAUUGGAGCGUCGCCAUGUCUGUCAAGACGUUGAAAAGGGAGGUGGAAAGACGGAGGUUGGACAUGGCUUGGUGUGUAGAGAAGGAUGAUCUAGUGGAGGUUCUGCAGUUGAGUGACGCCGUCUGCAGUCGAAGCGAUUGCCACGCGAAGCUUGAGAGUGCCUGCACGCGCAAGCUGCAGUGCGGACAUCGCUGUGCAGGAAUCAGAGGGGAAGCCGGCUGCCUGCCUUGUCUUGAGGCAAGCUGUCAGAGGAGUAGACACCAGGAUGACAGAGAUUGCAAUGCCCUCCUUCCUUCCGCCGACGAUCUGUGUUCCAUAUGCAUGGCGGAGCCAUUGAGGAGGGCGCCCGUUAUUAAAAUGAGAUGUGGCCAUGUUGUCCAUAGGCAAUGCGCCGUCGCAAAAGUAAAGGCUGGGUAUCCAGGGCCAGCGAUCAGCUUUGGGUUUCUUGGUUGCCCUCUCUGCUCGGCCGAGAUGGCGCACUCGAGUUUGGAUCAGCUCAUGGCGAAGCCGCGGGAACUGAAACGAGCGGUUCGGCAGAAGGCAUUGCGCCAGCUGGAGAUGAACCUCGCUUCACAUGAGAUCAAGGAAUUGCAGCCUGGCGGUAGAUUCGAGGGGCGUAGAGAAGAGUACGCAAUGCGCACGUAUCAGUUUUACAUUUGCUGCAAAUGCCGCAAACCGUACUUUGGCGGGGAAAGAGCAUGUGGAGAGGCAGCAGAGGGGGAGGCGAGGGUUGGGGAAGGAGGAGAGGGUAGGGAAGAGGGAGGGGAUGGCAAUCGGCGGCCUUGGCACCAGAGAGGUCCGCGUGACUGGUUUGGCUGGCAGCAAAGUGGGUUUGAAGAGCAGGAGAGAGAUCACCAAGGAGGUGGGGGGGGGGGGGGGGGGGGGGGGGGCGAUCAAAGAGAGCAAGGAAGAAACAGGGGCUAUAAUGCCGCCGAUCUCAUUUGCGGAGGGUGUUCGUCGGGAGCUGCAAACCGCGAACACUGCAAAGCUGUGCAUGGAAAAGAGUAUGUGCAGUACAAAUGUAGGUACUGUUGCUCUGUCGCAUCAUUCUUUUGCUGGGGCAAGACACACUUUUGUGAACGUUGUCAUGAAAAACGCCCUGACGUGCAUCGCUCCCUCAUCGCCCCGAGAUGCCAGGGCCCAAAGUACUGUCCACUGGGUGUUUCUCAUCCACCUCAUGGGACAGAGUUCUGUCUUGGCUGUGCAUUGUGCAGAUUCAAAACAUCUUAGGCAACUGUGGGGGGGCAAGGGGGGGGGGGGGGGGGGGAGAGAGAGAGAGAGAGAGAGAGAGAGAGAGAGAGAGAGAGAGAGAGAGAGAGAGAGAGAGAGGUUGUAAAUUCUCAUUUGCUUAUUGUGUAUAUCAAUCAGAAGAAUUAUCGAGUUGAGGCAUUCUUAACUUUGUUUGCCAUUUGGAGGAGGAAAAGGAGCAUGUCAUGUGUGGAAGAGCAAGGCAGAGGCGGGUGGUAGCUGGAAACCAAUGUGCCAAAUGUGGUGAAUUGUUGAGGUCGUCGAGCACUACUGGAGAUCUUGUUUAAGUAAAUCCUUCGUCUGACG